UGGUGCGCGGCAGAUUUGGACAAAGGAGAUAGAUCAUGUGAGAGGUCUUCCAAUACAAAUAGAGCCAAAUUGAAACCCACUGCCACCAAAUUUCGAACACAAACAUACCUACCUCUUGUUCCAUGGCCCAUUGUCUCCUCAGGAACUAAGGUCAUCAACAAAGAAUGAGCUCGAUGUGGGAAGCAGGCGAGAGCGUGACGACGCAGGCGAUGGCACAGUACCGAAAACGAUCAGGGACAGUCUACAUGACCAACCGACGAUUGGCAUGGGUUCCUGAUGGCGGACUGGCGCCGACUAUCUCGAUAAAGCAUGACGAUAUUAAAGGUCUCUUUGUCAGUGCGGAAACGGCUGCUAAGGUGAUGAUCAAAAUCGUCGAGAUCAAGCCUGACACUAGCCAUGCAUUCGUGUUUACGUCCGGCAACGCCGUGAAGGAGCGUAACGAUUUCAAAGAUAGGCUCUCGACAAUUCUUGCAGAGAGACAAAUACGCGCCAACGUAGCGGCAGGAGGGACCGGCAGUAACGGAGGUCUGUCAUCAGGAGGAGGCUCUCCCGUCAUCUCGGAUGCGAGUGCACCAGGGACACCCAAGGCUUCAGCCCAGUCCAGGAUGGGUCCUGGUGGAGUUCGGAGAGGAUUGAAUGGAAGCGGACCGUCCGCAGAACUAAAGGCUCGAUUCGAACUAUUGAAGCAGAACAAGGAGUUGGCGAUGUUGCACAAGGAACUGGUGAUGGGCAAACAUGUUACGGAAGAGGAGUUCUGGGAGAGCCGGAAGCAUCUGUUGCGGAACAAGACAGCAAUGGACCAGCAGCAAAAGGGUCAGUCGUCGGCAUGGUUGGACCUGAAGCCUGAGACCGGAGAGAGCAACGACGUCAAAUAUGUAAUGACACCGCAGGUGAUUCACUCGGUCUGCCAACAAUACCCUUCGAUCAAGCGUGCAUACGAUAACUUUGUACCGGACAAGUUAUCAGAGGCCGAGUUUUGGAAACGAUACUUCCAAUCGCGCUUCUUUCACCGCAGCCGAUCAGGACGUGGAGCGAAUGAGCCGGAUGACGAUAUUUUUGAUAAAGCAUUGGAGGAAGAUGAGGAAGAAACCAAGAGUGCGCCCAAGCGGAUCAAGCUGGAUCAUAUCAAUAUGCUGGUGGACCUGAGCACGACGGAAGAAGACCAUUUCGAGUCGUAUACGACUCCGGACAGUACGAUGGCGGCAGGAAAAACAAAAGAGUCCAAGGAAGCAAUGCCGCUUAUCAGGAGAUUCAACCGUUACGCACAACGAGUACUGAAUUCGACUAUUGGGCCCAAAAAGCCCUCGACAGGGUCCGAACCGUUCAACAUCAAUGGUGUCGAGAGGGCUAUUGUACUGGACGACCUGCGGGAGCAGAAAGAGGCGUCGAGGAUCAUACUAGAUAUUCAAGACACAAGGCGGUAUUUCGAGAGUCAAGGAGGCGAUCUGAAGAGUUCCAAGAUUGCGGAAGGCGAGGAUCCCGCCGAUAUUCUGAAACGAUGCUACGAGGACUUUACCACCAACGAAGUCGAACUUAACAAGCCAUUUGCCAUCCCCGAGUCGACGUUUGAUACCUUGAUGAAGAACGUGAAAGCGAACCGCGCCAAGAUGAUGCCACCUAAAGACGGCUCGCAAUUGUUACCUCCGCAGCUGUAUCAAGAAGCAACAGCAUGCCAUGCUGCAGGAAACGAGAUCCUUCGCCAUUUCUGGGCUUCAACAAGUCCGGACAAGGCUGCAAAGCACAUGCGUAUGGUUGAGUCGCUCAAGAAGAUCCGGGACGAGAAUGUCAAAGCGCUCAUGAUCCAAGCCAGUUCACUGGGCGCCGAAUGUUUGGAUGCUAUGAAAAUGAUGUUGAAGCCGAUGCAGAGCGCUAUCCAAAAAGCACUUAAACAUGCAGAGACCGCUCGGUCCAAACCAGCGAUAACCAGAAAGCUGGCGUAGAUCGUUUCUUUUGAACAAUUUUACUCAAUACCGCGAUCUUGUCAUACAUAAAUUUUGUCCGCUCAUCGAAACGAGUCGUGAAUGUAUGCGAGGACAUGCUUUAUUGUCUAAUACAACUUGAGUUUUCCGGUGACGCUGUUAAUGACGCUGACAGGACCUGGACCGACAGCGAGAACCGUUCUUGAUCCGGCAGCGAUUUGUGUCCUUCCUGCAUCACGAAUGCUGUGUGCUGCCAACCCUACGCUCUGAGCUUGGGCUUGAAGCAACAACCUUGAGAGCACGAAAAGGAACAGAAGUCAGUAGAGGCUCGUUAAUUCCAUAUCUUCGUUUUGGUGAUCUCAAAAAGCUGCAC